AUGUUGGCCAAAGAUGGAACAAUUUCUGUGGCUUCUGCAUUUGCCGGUCACGAAGAAGUUGUACAGGAUAGAGACCACAAAUUCUUAACGAAAGCUGUUGAAGAGGCUUAUAAAGGGGUAGAAUAUGGGGACGGUGGUCCAUUUGGUGCAGUUGUUGUCUGUAAUGAUGAGGUCGUUGUGAGCUGUCACAAUAUGGUGUUGAAAAAUACAGACCCUACUGCGCAUGCUGAAGUUACAGCAAUAAGAGAGGCAUGUAAGAAGCUCAAUCAACUCGAGCUGUCGGACUGCGAGAUCUAUGCAUCUUGUGAGCCUUGUCCAAUGUGCUUUGGUGCCAUAUUUCUUUCAAGAAUUAAGAGGUUGGUUUAUGGAGCCAAGGCCGAAGCUGCUAUUGCAAUUGGCUUCGAUGAUUUUAUUGCAGAUGCAUUAAGGGGCACUGGGAUUCAUCAGAAGGCUCACUUGGAGAUCAAAAGAGCUGAUGGUGAUGGGGCAAUUAUUGCAGAGCAAGUAUUUGAGAAGACAAAAGCCAAAUUUCCUAUGUAUUAA